AUGACUUCGACAGAACGGACAUCUGCCCAAGUGGCGCUCAUUACGGGUGGAGCCUCGGGCAUAGGGUUGUUUGUCGCAAAGCACCUCGUCGGGCAAGGCUGGAACGUUAUGAUUGUCGACUACAACGAAGAGGGUGGGCGGAAAGCAGCACGGGAUCUCGGGGAGGAUAAGGCUCUCUUUACGCGUGCUGAUGUUGCGGAUUACGACCAGCAAGCCAAAGCCUUUGUCGCGACGUGGAAGCAAUGGUCACGGCUCGAUUUUGUAUUUGCCAAUGCGGGCAUUCUCGACAGGACCAAUAUGUACGAGCUGGCUAAGGAACGAGAAGAUGGCACGCCCAUGAAGCCUGAUACAUCGGUUAUUGACAUCUGCCUGACUGCCGUAGUUUACUCGGCAUACAUUGCACUGCACUACUUCCGCAAGAAUCCCGGUGAAACUGGGAAGCUGGUUUCAACGGCGAGUCUGGCGGGCCUCUAUCCGUCACUGCAUCUUCCGAUGUACACGGCUGCGAAGCAUGGGGUCGUCGGCAUAACUAGAACCCUCGCCCAGACGCUCGAAGCGAUGGGGGAACCUAUGACUGUCAACUGCAUAUGCCCAGGCAUGGUUGAUACCGGUAUGGGUGAUGGGUCGACGAUAACGGACGCCAUGCGGAAGUUAAUAACGCCUCCAUCAACCAUUUUGCGCGCUGUGGAUGGAUUCUUGGCCGAUUCAAGCAAGAAUGGUCUUGUGGCAGAGUGUUCAGUCAACAAUAUCCACUACCGGACGCAGCCAGAGUGGGGUGACGAAGAAGCCAUGAAGGUUAUGACCCGUGCCUACUAGGUCUCUGGCCCUGUAACGAAUUAAGUUGGAGAGUAAUCACCACUUCUUGUUGCAAUCGAGUGUAGCGGCCAAG